GAUACCGAUCCGUUUCCCACCACCGCUGCCAAUCGACCGAUUUCCCUCGCCUCCUCAGUCACCGACGAUGUCCCAAGUCAACCAGAACCGGUGCCGGCAUCACCGCCACCUGCCUCGCGCGCAUCAGCUUCUCGACGUGGACUUGGAGGAGCGUUCGGAAGACAGAGUACAGGAUCGCGGCCAGCCUCCGCCGCGACGCAUGUUCCAAUCGCAGCGACCAACUUCUUCCGGCCAAUGUCACCGCAGAAAUUACAAGCGCAACGAGGACAGAAUACCACACUCGCGGGAUCGAGAGGGCAGAUUGUGAUCCAGUCGAAUGCGAAUCAUGAGAACGAGACGAUUGAAUCGAGGACGGAGUCGCGGGCUGGGCGCGCGUAUAGUGAUGCUUCGGUGCAUACGUUGAAGCGGGAUGCGAAUCGACAGUCAGCGCAGAUCACAAUGCCCGGUAGUCGUGGAGGAUAUUCAGUCACAUCGAGUGAAGGGAAUUUCGUGCCGCAGGGAGAUGGGAGUGUGGUCAGCACGACUCCACUGCAGUUGAGGACGCAAACGCAGGAGAGCCACAGGAUGGAGCAGAUUGAUGGGACACCCGUCUCUGCAACGGGGCGAUCAUUUGGUCUGGCAUCGAGACAUUCCAGUCGACGAGAUGCAUCACAUCAGAAACAGGCUCAACCAGACCUCUCCUCCGGCUCGACACUACCCACAGAGAAGAAUCUCCCCUCGCUUCCAUCAUCUCCCAAACAGAACCUCGGAAAAAACUACCAAUACUACGCCGGCAACAUGCUCUUCUUCUGCCGCGGCCGCCUCCUGAACACUCGCGCCACACCUCUCAACCUUUUGACCUUCUUCCUUGCAGUCCUCCCUGCAGGUCUCUUCUUCGGCUUCAGUGCGCCUUACCUCUGGAACAACGUCUCCCCAGCGAUACCCAUCAUCUUCGCUUACGUCUUCCUGAUAACCCUCUCCUCCUUCCUCCACGCCGCCUUCUCCGACCCCGGCAUCCUCCCCCGAAACCUCCACCCCCUCCCUCCAAACCCCGCCGAAGAACGGGAUGCCCUCGCCAUUGGCCCGCCCACGACCGAAUGGGUCAUGGUCAAAACCUUCACCCAAAAACGCAAGACCUCCUCCGCCGCCGAACAAGGCGACCAAGCGGGAGUAGGAGCCGGCACGACCGCCAUGGAAGUUCCCACCAAGUUCUGCAAAUCCUGCACCAUCUGGCGGCCUCCCCGCGCCCACCACUGCCGCGUCUGCGACGCCUGCGUCGAAACACAAGACCACCAUUGCGUCUGGCUGAACAACUGCGUCGGCCGCCGCAACUACCGCUACUUCUUCGCCUUUGUCGGUUUCGGCUCCCUCAUGGCCGUGCUCCUCCUGGCCUUCUCAGUUGUCCACAUCGCGCAGUACGCCGCCCAAAACGACAGCUCUUUCGGCAGUGCUCUCAGUGGAAGGACGCAAGAAAGAAUGGCGUUCUUCCUACUGAUAUACUCCAUCGUCGCCCUCCCUUACCCUGGCUCGCUAUUCGUCUAUCACCUCUUCCUCGUCGCGCGAGGUGAGACUACACGCGAAUACCUCAACGGGCAUAAAUUUGCUCUCGCGGACAGGCAUCGUCCUUUCAGUCAAGCGAGUAUCCUCCGCAACUGGGCCGCCGUGCUGGGCCGACCACGUCCACCAUCUUACAUGUCUUUCAAGCGCGCAUACCAAGAAGGCGACCUUCGACUCGGGCACACAGUCAACGCGAAAGACCGAAAAGUGCUCGCGAGGAGGGAGCAGAAGGACCAGCAGGGACGGGUAAAAGGCUUGACGCAGAGGUUU